AUGCCGCACAAAAUUCAAAUACGCUUAGCCUCCCAACGUGUGAAUACAUCGGUAUCUUUAAAUCAACGGUAUCCUAAAAUAUUUACUCCAGGGGAAACUAUAACAGCUCAAAAUGAAUUCAUGAGAGGGCAUGGUACUUACGAGGAUAAGGGUGAGCUGAAGGCAUCUGUAGCUGGGGUAAGAGAACAAGUUAACAAUUUAAUAUCUGUUAGGCCCCUAAAGAGUAGGUACAAUGGUGAAAUAGGGGACGUAAUCGUAGGUAGAAUCACAGAAGUACAACAGAAGAGAUGGAAAGUUGAUACGAAUUCUCGUUUGGACUCUGCAUUACUAUUAUCAUCAGUGAAUUUACCAGGAGGAGAACUGAGGAGAAGAUCAGUUGAAGAUCAACACAUGAUGAGACAAUUUUUACAAGAAGGGGACCUUAUUAGUGCUGAAGUGCAAAAUGUUUUUUCAGAUGGAGCAUUGUCAUUACAUACAAGGAGCUUGCGAUAUGGCAAACUCGGCCAAGGUGUGUUAGUUAAAGUAUUUCCAUCUUUGGUAAAAAGAAGUAAAACACACUUUCAUAAUUUGCCUAUAGGAGCAAGUGUUAUAUUAGGAAAUAACGGUUUCAUAUGGAUUUGUACUUCAAUCAUUAAUUCUGAAGAAAGUGUUGGUGGAUUUAUUCAAAAUUUGGAAGAGGUUGUGCCAAGACAGGAACGUGAAACAAUUGGAAGGAUUAGAAAUUGCAUUGCAGCUUUAACUCAGAGUAAAAUGAUGUUAUAUGAUACCAGUAUCCUAUAUGCCUAUGAGGAAUCUUUAAAAUACAGUGUACCUGAGUUAUUAAUUCCUGAAGCUAUGGUAGAUGUCGCUAUCUUAACUCAGCAUAGGUUAUCAAUGCUAGAAGUUGCAUAA